AUGGUGGUGAUGGCGAACAAGUUCUUCGAAUUAAUCGGCGGAGCUCCGACUUAUUCGAUGGUAGCCGUCGCAGUUAAAGGAUCUGUCGGCGACGCCGUAGGAGGAGCUGCUAGCCGCCGCGCUCUCCGUUGGGCCGUCGAAAACUUCCUCCCUAGAAUCGAUCGGUUAGUUCUAGUUCACGUCAUGCCUACCGUCACCAGUAUUCCUUCUCCUUCUGGAUCGAAGAUUCCAGUGGAGGAAUUGGAAGAGAGUGUUGUAUCAAUGUAUAAAAGAGAUUUGAGAAAGGAAUACGAACAGGUUUUUGUGCCGUUUAAGAAGAUCUGCAAAUCCAGCAAAGUUGAGACUUUGUUGCUGGAACAUCAUGAUCCUGCAAAGGCUCUUUUGAAGUACAUUUCAGAUAGUAAUGUUGAGUGUUUAGUGAUUGGGUCUUGCUCUUCAAAUUUCCUCACAAGGAAAAGGGGGCAAGAAAUGCCAUUAACGGUACUAGCAGAAGCUCCAGAGGCAUGUGAGAUAUAUGUAAUUUGCAAAGAUAGAAUAUUAACCAAAUCAACCAAUCAGUUAUCUUCAGAGUCAUCGUCUAGUUUCCGAAUACCCGACGGAGCAGAAGCUUAUACAGAAUCAUUCAGCCGCACACGCUCGGAUAAGACAGGCUUGUCAGUUUCAUCCAUGUCAUCCUCAGGGAGGAAGCACAUUCGAAGGCCUGCCUAUUUGCCGCAUAGUCAUCCAACCUCUCGAGUGUUUUCAGAUGCACAAUCAUCAAACGAUAUCGGUUUCGUCAGUGACGACGAACACAUCCGUUCUAUCCUUAGGCACAGCAUCGUUUCCGGUAGUAAAAUCCAGUUACAUCCUGGAGCUAACAAAAAAACACCAAAGUCAAAUGUUAAUUCUGAGGUAGAGCAGCUAAGGAAAGAAGUACAAACCACUCUCUCCAUGUACAAGCAAGCUUGUGAAGAGCUUGUUCAUAAACAAACGCAGGUCCAGUCUCUUUCCUCUGAGUGCAUUAAAGAAACGAAAAGAGUCAUAACUGCUCUGGAGAAAGAAGAAAUGCUGAGGAAAGCAGCAGCGGAGGAGAAGGAAAAGCAUCUAAAAGCCGUAAAAGAAGUGGAAGAAGCGAAAUCAAUGCUGGCCAAAGAGUUCUGCGAGAGGCAACUAGCCGAGCUUGAUGCUCUCAAACAAUCCAUAGAGAAACAGAAAGUCAUCGAGCAGCUCUUCUUGAGAGACGGACGUUACAGAAAGUACACGAAAGAAGAAAUCGUCGCAGCUACAGAUAACUUCUCUUCCCGGAAAAUCAUCGGCGAAGGAGGUUACGGAAAAGUGUACAAAUGCAGCCUCGAUCACACUCCGGUCGCUCUCAAAGUUCUCAAACCUGAUUCAAUCGAGAAGAAAGAAGAAUUCUUGAGAGAGAUAUCAGUGUUGAGCCAGCUUCGUCAUCCUCACGUUGUUCUUCUCCUCGGAGCUUGUCCUGAUAAUGGUUGUCUUGUUUACGAGUACAUGGAGAAUGGUAGCUUAGAUGCUCACAUCUCUCCCAAGAAAGGGAAACCAUCUCUCUCAUGGUUCAUCAGAUUCAGGAUCAUCUACGAGACCGCUUGUGGUUUAGCUUUCCUCCACAACUCUAAACCGGAGCCAAUCGUCCACCGUGAUCUCAAACCGGGAAACAUUCUCUUAGACAGAAACUUCGUCAGCAAAAUCGGCGACGUUGGACUCGCCAAGCUCAUGUCAGAAGAGGCACCAGACAGUGUCACUGUCUACAGAAACUCGGUUAUCGCCGGUACGCUCUACUACAUGGACCCGGAAUACCAGAGAACCGGGACGAUCAGACCGAAAUCGGAUCUCUACGCGUUUGGGAUCAUAAUCCUCCAGCUUUUAACCGCUCGACAUCCCAACGGUCUUCUCUUCUGCGUGGAGGAUGCAGUGAAGAGAGGUUGCUUUGGAGAUAUGUUGGAUGGAUCGGUUAAAGAUUGGCCCAUAGCGGAAGCGAAAGAGCUAGCUCGUAUUGCGAUCAAGUGCUCGCAGCUCAAAUGCAGAGAUAGGCCUGAUCUUGAUACGCAAGUGUUGCCUGCUCUGAAGCAGAUUCUUGAAUCUGCUAAUAAUAGACUCAAGACAGAACAGGCUAACAUACGACCACCGACUCACUAUUACUGCCCAAUUCUCAAGGAAGUAAUGGAAGAUCCACAGAUAGCAGCAGAUGGAUUCACAUACGAAGGAAGAGCGAUAAAGGCUUGGAUUCAAAAACAUCAAAAUGUGUCUCCAGUGACUAAGCAUCGGCUCAAACAUUCCGAUCUCACACCGAACCACACUCUGAAAACGGCUAUACAAGAAUGGCGGUCACGUUCACGCCUCGACCUUUCCUCUACCCUUGGCUCUUUUUGA